UGUUGUGACUGAAGAACUGGAUGACGGCGCAGGACAAGACACAAAUGAGCUCUGAGCUCCAUGCGUCGUCAUGCGUCCGACAAGAUUCGCGAGCAGUCCGGGUGCAAGAGUCUCGGCCUUGACGGCAUCUCGCUUCGCUUGGAGGAAAUUCCGGAAGCCGCACAAUCGCCCAAAUGGAAUCUCCCUUGAAUUGGAAGUGGGGCAGGCAGGUGAGAGCGCAGCGAGGAAAUCUCGGAAAAAAGUCACAGAAUGCACGGAUCUAUUCGUGUCAGCCAGCCAUCCAGGGUUAUGUUAUGAUGUCAUUUGCUCCCCGGCAACCCCCCUUUCCAACCCAAACCAUCACAGGCCCCACUCCGACUCCGACAAGGUCUGCCAGUGAUCGAGCAUUCCCAACCUAUCAAGUUAUCUACCAAUUCAAAACGGCAAGAUCUCGUGCUUUCAAUGAAUGUUACCCUCACCCUGGCAAGUUUAUCUCCGUUCUCUCAUUCCUCCCCCCUCCCCCGGAUCCUCGGCUCGGCGAUCACAUGUUGAUAGAUCGCGACACGCCGGUGUGCGCCGAAAGGACGCCUACUGGGAGAUCUCAUGAACAAACAUGACAUGAAUGCAAAAAAUGUGCAGGUCCGCAACAUGCACAGCAACUUACAGCAACGAGCAAAAUACGAGACUCUCCACAGGGCGAAUAAGAACACAGUCAAGUUCCGA